CGCCCCGCCGCGCGGCAGUCUCACGGCCGACAUCGUACAGCGCGCACGUCUGCGCGCUCUUGCACUCCACAAUCAGCUGAUCGGCGCGCGCCCCGCGGCGCACAUGCCGUGAGGCGCCGCGCGCCGCCAUGACGGGCUACGCCCGCGGCGAGGCCGAGUUCGCCGCAGCGGACCGCUUCCGACGGGACGCACGUCCCGCUUCACUAGCCCCCAGGGAUUACUCGGUGCCUUUACACGUAGACUGCAGUAUCGAAUACGAGCUUCCCGACUGUGCCAAGCCGCCGCAGGGCGUCAAGAUUGAGCCUCUGCUCAUGAUUCAUCCGUCGCACUUCCGGAGGCUCGAGAGCCUGCGGCGCGUCCCCUUUGUAAAUAACCUGCCGCGAGGAGAUGCAGCAGCCGCGGCCGCCAUCACUCCUGCGAAUCGCGCACGGGCCCCUCGUGCUCCUCGGCGCUGCUGUCGAGCGGCUCCGGCUCCAGCGGCGCCGCCCCCGGCCCCGGCCCAGGCGCAACGUCAGCGCCAGCCGGCGGAGGAGCAGCAGGCGAGGCCGUGCUAUCGCUUCGAGUCGUACGCGCCGGAGACGGCCGGCGGCGGCAAGCUGGCGACGAGGGCCCGGCUGAAGCCGCACCCGUACCUGCCGCCCGAGGCCCUGGACUGUGAUAUAGCACGCGCGCUGCAGCCGCCCGCCGUGCCCUACGACCGCUUCGACAAGCGCGCGUUGCAGCAGCUGCCGAUCUACAUGUAGCCGGCGCGGAGCCGGGCGGUGUCUGUGAUGUUUCGUUGUAACUAGUUAGUGUAAGUGUCGCGCUGCGGCUCCCGCGGACGAACCCGAUACCAAAUAGUACCGUAUGUGCGUUGAUAUAUAUUGUUUAAAGGUUGAGUUAUGUGUUGUUGUGCCGAGGACGGUCGCCGCCCGGCCCGGUGCCCGGUGCCCGGUGCAUCCCACCGACGCAAGUAUAUUUAUUCGCAAAUGCAGUACCCGACGCUUCACGACUAAAUUAUUAUAUCGUCGCCGAUUCGUUGCGUGUUUCUGUGUAAGAUAUUAUCAUAUCGAUAAUUAUACUAUGUUCGACAAAAUUGUAUUAUAUAAAUAUGUACCUAUAGAGUAAAAAAAUGAAAGUGAGAAAAUAUUACGAAUAAUACUAGACAUAGUUAUGUUUUGGAAUAGGUGAUGAGCUCUAGAGCAAUCCGAGCGGUGGAUUAGUAACCUAUCUAUACUCUCAUUUUGUAAGCGGUUAUGUUUGUUAAAAUUAUAUAUUAUAAAGAGUCCUCUGAUGAAUAGUCUGAUUAACGAAUAUUCGGCAUGUAAAAGUCUUUAUAAAACGCUUACUUAGCAUAUCAUAGUAUUAUUGUGUCAUAGUCCAAUGCCAAAAAUAUAACUAUCUUUUUACAAAAAUC